AAAGCAAAGACAUUAAUUAGAUCGAAAUGGGAAAGAGCAAGGUGCUUGUGGUAGGUGGAACUGGGUACAUGGGAAGAAGGAUUGUAAAUGCAAGCCUAGCCCAAGGCCACCCAACCUAUGUCCUUCAAAGGCCAGAGAUUGGCCUUGACAUUGAUAAGUUGCAAAUGCUCUUGGCAUUCAAGAAGCAAGGGGCUCAUCUUGUGGAGGGCUCAUUUUCUGAUUUUCAAAGCCUUGUUGAUGCUGUUAAGCUUGUGGAUGUUGUCAUUUGCACAAUGUCUGGGGUUCAUUUUCGUAGUCACAACAUUUUGUUGCAGCUCAAGCUUGUUGAAGCUAUCAAACAAGCCGGAAAUAUUAAGCGUUUCUUCCCAUCAGAAUUUGGUCUAGAUCCAGCACGUAUGGGACAUGCACUUGAACCUGGGAGAGUUACAUUUGAUGAGAAAAUGGUGGUGAGAAAGGCAAUACAAGAUGCUAAAAUCCCCUUCACUUAUGUCUGUGGUGCUGGCUUUGCCGGUUAUUUCGCCGGCAACCUUUCGCAGAUGGGAACACUCAUUCCUCCAAGGGAAAAAGUCCUUAUUUAUGGAGAUGGUAACUCUAAAGUGACUAUUGUGGAUGAAGAUGACCUUGCAACAUAUACGAUCAAAACAAUAGAUGAUCCACGAACAUUGAACAAAACAUUGUACUUUCGUCCACCCGAAAACGUACUCACUCAAAAACAACUGGUCGAGAUGUGGGAAAACCUUAUAGGCAAGAAACUAGAACAUAUCAUCAUUUCGCAACAAGACUUCCUUGCCUCUAUGAAAGGUAUGGACUAUGCUGGCCAGGUAGGAGUGGGGCAUUUCUACCAUAUUUUCUACGAAGGCGCUCUGACAAACUUUGAAAUAGGAAAAGAAGGAGAAGAAGCUUCAAAGCUUUACCCAGAAGUGAAAUACAUCCGCAUGAAUGAAUACUUAAAAAUUUAUGCAUGAGAACAAAACAAAGUGUUUAAUAAUAGAUCCUGAAAGAAUUAAUACAUUUAUAUGUUCUAAUCAUUUUUAUGGACGUUUCGAGCUCUAUUAAUUGUUGAUGUGAGUCUCCUAAUUAAUCAAUGAGAUUUAUUUCCUUGAUUAAUUAAGGGAUUUAUUUUCUUAUUUUUUAUAAUUGACAAAUCAUUGUAUAAUUAUGAGAUACUAUCCUAAUUGAUUACUAUAUCUAUUUCCUUGUAAAGCACUCAUGUAAACUCCUAUAUAUACCUCUUUAUGGAGAAGAAUAAAACUUAACCU